GCAGCGCUUUCAGAAUCGGUUUUUCAAGUGACAACAUGGCGUGUGUGCGCGCAGCGUCCCGUCUCCUCUCCAAGAGGGUACUAUCUAACACGAAAGCAGUCCCUGCUGCUGCAGUUCAGGGUUCAAGGAACUUUCACUUCUCCAUCUAUGGCAAAAAGAAAAGUGCCAAAGUGUCAGAUGAUAUCUCCACUCAGUAUCCAGUUGUGGAUCAUGAGUUUGAUGCAGUGGUGGUAGGAGCUGGAGGAGCUGGACUUCGGGCAGCUUUUGGUCUGUCAGAGGCCGGUUUUAACACUGCCUGCGUCACCAAGCUCUUCCCCACUAGGUCCCACACUGUUGCUGCACAGGGUGGAAUCAAUGCAGCUCUGGGGAACAUGGAAGGGGACGACUGGAGGUGGCAUUUCUAUGACACAGUGAAGGGCUCUGAUUGGCUUGGAGACCAGGAUGCUAUCCACUACAUGACAGAGCAGGCUCCUGCAGCCGUAGUGGAGCUGGAGAAUUUUGGUAUGCCAUUCAGCCGAACUGAAGAUGGGAAGAUCUACCAGAGAGCCUUUGGAGGUCAGAGUCUCAAGUUUGGAAAAGGAGGCCAGGCUCAUCGCUGUUGCUGUGUAGCAGACAGAACCGGACACUCGCUGCUGCAUACACUAUAUGGAAGGUCGCUUCGUUAUGACACCAGUUACUUUGUGGAGUACUUUGCCCUGGACCUGCUGAUGGAAGAUGGAGAGUGUAAAGGCGUGAUUGCUCUCUGCAUGGAGGACGGGUCUAUUCAUCGCAUCAGAGCCCAGAACACUGUCAUUGCUACUGGGGGUUAUGGAAGAACCUUUUUCAGCUGCACGUCUGCUCACACAAGCACAGGAGACGGAAAUGCGAUGGUGACCAGAGCUGGCCUGCCCUGCCAAGAUUUGGAGUUUGUGCAGUUCCAUCCCACAGGGAUCUAUGGAGCCGGUUGCCUGAUCACGGAGGGCUGCCGUGGUGAGGGAGGAAUCCUGAUCAACAGUGAGGGAGAGCGCUUCAUGGAGCGCUACGCACCCAACGCCAAAGACCUGGCCUCAAGAGACGUGGUGUCCCGCUCCAUGACCAUCGAGAUCAGAGAGGGCAGGGGUGUCGGUCCACAGAAGGAUCACGUCUACCUGCAGCUUCACCACCUGCCUCCUCAGCAGCUGGCUACAAGACUGCCUGGUAUCUCAGAGACAGCCAUGAUCUUUGCUGGUGUUGACGUCACCAAAGAGCCCAUCCCCGUCCUUCCCACAGUUCAUUACAAUAUGGGAGGAAUACCCACAAACUACAAAGGACAGGUGAUCGAACAUACCAACGGUGAGGACAAGGUGGUGCCUGGACUGUACGCCUGCGGCGAGGCGGCAAGUGCCAGCGUCCAUGGUGCUAACAGGUUGGGGGCCAACUCCCUGCUGGACCUGGUGGUGUUUGGGAGAGCCUGCGCCCUGACAAUCGCUGAGCAGCACAAACCUGGAGAGAAACUGUCCCCCCUGAAGCCCAAUGCAGGAGAGGAGUCUGUGGCCAACCUGGAUAAGCUGAGGUUUGCUAACGGCAGUUUGAGGACCUCUGAGAUCAGGCUCAACAUGCAGAAGACCAUGCAGAACCACGCUGCAGUGUUCCGUACCGGCUCUGUUCUCAAGGAGGGAUGCGACAAGAUGGACAGCAUCUACCAGACCAUGGAGGACAUAAAGACCUUUGACAGAGGCAUCGUGUGGAACACAGACUUGGUGGAAUCGUUGGAGCUGCAGAACCUCAUGCUGAACGCCGUCCAGACCAUCCAGUCUGCUGAACAGAGAAAGGAGAGCAGGGGAGCCCAUGCCAGAGAGGACUUCAAAGAUCGUAUCGAUGAGUACGACUACUCUAAGCCCCUGCAGGGUCAAGAGAAGAAGUCCUUCGAUCAGCACUGGAGGAAACACACCCUGUCCUACGUUGACCCAAAGACUGGAAAGGUGACUCUGAGGUACCGUCCCGUUAUCGACAGCUCUCUGGAUGAGCAGGACUGUGCCCAUGUUCCUCCAGCCAUCCGCUCCUACUAAGAUCUUCUCAUCCUCUCCUUCUCCAACUCCUUUUCCAUCUCCUCACAUUUCCUUCUUACUCAAUGAUAAAAAGCUCAUUUAACUGCUAUUUAAGAAGCUACACAAUUUCUGUAGUAGUGAUGACAUUUUUGGACACAUAAUGGUUUUUGUUGCACACAUGUAUCCAUUUAUAAAUGUUAAAUACAGUACUGUCUUUGACAGCUUCAGAUCUUUGUGUCACAUUCCUGUUCCUGUCCUUCAUGCGUGGCUUUGCUUUAAUUUAUAUUGACAGUGUUUUUGUGGCUUCUCACUCUGUGUGAGCUGAGCUUUGUAUAUAUCAUUAGAAACUUAAGAUAAGUCAGACAAAAUGAAGAAUUUUCAGCUUUCAGCAGUCAAAUCUCAACAAGAAAUAGAAGUGAACAUGUUUUACCAGUCAAGCUUGGCUUUGUGUGACAUUAUACACUCAUUUCAUCAUCCUCUACUGUAGUACUUGCUUCUAUUAAUAUAAAAUCUCUAUUUUAGCUUGGAGUGAAGAGGCUAUGGGAAUGAUUGGACUUUGUAAUGCACAUGUUGUUGAGACAGACGGAAGUUUUAAGAAUGUAAAUGCUGCAGAAUUGUAUAAUAAAUAUGGUUAAAUGUUCUCUAUAUACCAGUUAAAAGUACAAGUUCAUCUCUCACUCAUUGUGGCCUUCAGUUGUGGCUUAAAUUUACUUAUUACACUUUAUAUUGUCAUCACUUGGUUCUUCUAACAGCCUUGACUGAGCUUAUGCUAUCUUCAGAAUAUCUAUAAAAUAUUAACAAAUGUAGCAGCUUAAAUUGUAUCUACAUUUCUGUCUCGGAUGGUGGAACAAUGGCUUCUUUUCAACAUUUCGAUGUUGAUGUGCUUUCUUUGAACACAGAGGAAAUGUUGCAGUAAAGGUCAGUGAAUGCCACAGUCUGUAGGAGAAACUUGGCUUUAUAAGUUGCAGGAGAAGACUAAUGGAAGAGCUGUCUCGACUGGGAGGGAAAAAGGCUAAGCUGGCUUUUUAUAAGGCACACUUGUCUCAUUUACUCCAACUCUAUAGAUAACUUUGACAUUGAGGGUUAAGGAUGUGCUCAGGGCUGCCACUUUGAACGCAGAACAAAUGAACACGUAGUGCUUCUUGUAUUGAAUCGAUGAAAAGCUGACUUAAUUUAUUUGCCUGUUUAAGGAAAAAAAGGUUGAUUUUCUUCUGGUUUUGCCAUUUGUACUUGUUUUCAUAUGUAAAAUAAAGUGUAUGCUAUGCAUAAAACA